AUGUUGUCUCGUGAUUUUGCUCUUGCUUUCAAAAUCAUUACAGAGAAACAAUGAUUCCCACUGAGGAUGUCUAUUUUUGCUGCAGCUCUACCCAUGUGCUGUCCAUUAGCCUAUUUGUAAAUGUCCCCUGUGCUGCAUUGCUGCAGUAUUCUGCAGCAGUAAGUCCAUUCAUAUCCCAGCCCCUGCUGCAGCUUUGACAAACAAAAGCUUGUGCACAAAAUUAAUAGAAUUGGAUAAAAUAUGAGGUGAUUUUUAAGGGGGAAAUAAUGCAAGGGUGGGUGUGCAUGUGUGAUAGACAGAUAAGGAGAGAGAGUAGAGGCUUAAAAGAGAGACAGGAAAAGUCCAGUCAAGUGUCUGCCGGCUGCCGGCUACAUUUACAGAAUAGCUCUUAUCAGAUUUGGGCGGUCACAAAGUCAGACAGGGUGAGGCAGAAAAGCAGAUGAGGGAACGAGGGAACAUACACUCAGUGCACAUACCAUGGACUGUUUUAGAGAGGAGAGACAGCCAGACAUCCCAUGAGGCAUGUGCCUUUCUCCACACAGCAUUCAUUCUUUCGAGCUUGUGAUCACUCAUCACUGCAGCUCCGCCAAGGCACAGGAAGCAAGGAGGAUCCUCAAACGCCACAGAGCUGCUUAAAAAAUCCCAGCUCUGGGUAAGAGAGAGGACAGACAUGCACAGGUGCUGCUAGAGAGAGAGAGAGAGACAAGGGAGCAGAGAGAGAGAGAGAGAGGGAGAGAGAGGAAGAAGGGGGGUAGUGAGGGGAGGUGUAGGAGGAGACUUGUCUUGCUUCAGAAGGGAAUAGGAGCCCGAGUGCAAUUCCAAAACAGCUGUCCGGCAGACGUCCCAGUCGACAGAAGUGCAGCCCCAAGGCAGAGACAGGAGGUAGGGCAGUGUCAACAUGCCACAGGAGCAGCACAGCAGCCACUGAACACACACAUACAGACACACACAUCAACCUGGGGCUGCAGCAUUAAGGAGAACUCCGACUAUACCAACAUCUAUCCAUCGGAAUAUCUGAGGAAAGUGGCUACUUGACCUUUCUACAACACCGGACAUCAACAGUCUCGUUUGGAAUCCCAUUUCCUGAUCGAUGCCGCAAUUGCUGAAACUUAUUUUUGUCCUGCAUGAUCGGUGUGCUGCUGAGAAUGUAACUCGAGCUUCUCCCCUCGGGAACUGUAACGUCCAGAACUUAUAGAACAUUUCAGACUUUCUUAUCCUGCCUAUCCGAGAUCUCUUCUGCAGUUACAGCUAUGCCAGCGAAAGCACCCAUAUACCUGAAACCAACCAAUAAUAAGAAGGGAAAGAAAUGUCGCCUCAGAGAUAUUUUAUCCCCAGACAUGAUAAGUCCACCACUUGGGGACUUUCGCCACACCAUCCAUAUUGGCAAAGGUGGAGAGAGAGAUGCCUUUGGAGACAUGUCUUUUCUCCAGGGGAAGUUUGAACUCCUACCUGGGAAGGGAGACGUCCACCCUCAGUAUGGCAUCCAAAAUGAGUUUCUGAGAGCUAACAGCACCGGUGAUGCUUCCUUUGCUGAGACCCCCUCUCCGGUGCUCAAGAACGCUAUCUCCCUUCCGACUAUUGGUGGCUGCCAGGCACUUACCCUUCCCCUGAUCUCCUCCACCGUGUUCUCCAUGCCCCCAGGGCCAUUAGAGGACAUCAUUGGGCCUACAGCUCCCAAGAAACCUGACAGCACAGAGGAGGUAGAGAUCCUGCAGAUGGAUGCUCUGUUGCGUUCCAUGGACAUGUUCAGCAGCGAGCCUACAUCUCCCUCCGCAGAUAUUCAGUCAAAGCCUGAUGUCCUCCUGGAUCUGCUGGAAAACACAGAUAAGUCCACCUCUAAGGCAGUUGCCAAAGCUAACAAAAUAAACAAGAGUGAAUCCAGGUUUGACAAGCCAUCAUCCUAUUAUAUCAAUGGUCACAGCAACAGCACCUUCAAAGCUAAUGGAAGCCUGAAUAGCAACACAAGCAGCGACAGCUUUGACAGCUACAGCGGUAAAGGGGACUUCCAGAACAAGAUCUGCAAUGGCAGCCGGAAUCUCAAUGACAAUGGCAACUGCAAUGGUUAUGGACACUUUAACAAUGACAUUACCAUGGGCUUCAAGCAGGAGCUCUCAAAGUGCAAUGGAGACUGGGUGGACAGGGACAGUGGGGUGGAAGAGGGCCGCAUCUGUGAUUUUGAGUUUGAGUUUUCCAAGCAGAAGAGCACGUCACAGGAUUCCCUCGCCCAGAUCACUGCAGGGUCAUUCCUCUCCCUUGAACUAGAUCUGGGCCCAUCCAUCCUGGACGAUGUGCUCAACAUAAUGGAUAAACCCGCAGCGAAGAGCAGGCCUUGAGCUGCAUUGAGGCCCCAGGAGGAAAAAGGGAAUUACUAAACUAUAGCCAUGAGAAAAGAAAGACUCAAAAAGUAAUCAAAAUGGUGUCUGGAUAUAUCAUUGAGAUGAAAAUGAGCUACAAUAGACAGAGCUGCUUAUGUUUUUAUUGUCAAAACAUGUAACUAUUCUAGCUUCUAUGGAGUGUUUCUUCUUUUUUUUGUUUUGUUUGCCAUGCUAGCCGCAUGUUUAAAAUGCAUGUACUCUUGAGUUACAGCUAAAACACAGCCAUUGUGCCUUUGACUAUAAAAAUGCUUUAUGAUAGAUUUGUGUUUUUACGUUGACUUCCACGGUAUAUACAUGAUAACUCUGAGGUCUUUUGCUUUUUUACACAGUCUUGAACAUAUUGCAUUUUGUGACUUUAUGUGUGUUUAACAAGGCAUUAUUUAGUUUGUCACAUAAUUCAUUUGCCACACGAAUAUUUCAAACAACAGAACACUAUGCAUAUUUGUGUUUUUAAAAAAUUAACACAAAUAAAUUGAUUUAAAUUGAA